GCCGGGCACGCGGUGGCCUCCGGAGCAGCCCAAGCCCAUGAGGGCCGCGCGCCCGGCCGCCGGCGCUGACGAGACCGAGCUCCUGGCCCACGAGGAGGAGCAGAGGAUCAAUGCGGUUCCAGAAUCGAUUCCAGCGGUUCAUGAACCACCGGGCCCCAACCAAUGGCCGCUACAAACCAACUUGUUAUGAACAUGCUGCUAACUGUUACACACAUGCAUUCCUCAUUGUUCCAGCCAUUGUGGGCAGUGCCCUCCUCCACCGGCUGUCUGAUGACUGCUGGGAAAAGAUAACAGCAUUGAUUUAUGGAAUGGGCCUCUGUGCCCUCUUCAUUGUUUCCACAGUAUUUCACAUCGUAUCAUGGAAAAAGAGCCACUUAAGGACAGUGGAGCAUUGCUUUCACAUGUGUGAUAGAAUGGUUAUCUAUUUCUUCAUUGCUGCAUCUUACGCCCCAUGGUUAAAUCUCCGUGAACUUGGACCCCUGGCAUCUCAUAUGCGUUGGUUUAUCUGGCUCAUGGCAGCUGGAGGAACCAUUUAUGUACUUCUCUACCAUGAAAAGUAUAAGGUGGUUGAGCUCUUUUUCUAUCUCACAAUGGGGUUUUCUCCAGCCUUGGUGAUGACAUCAAUGAACUCUCCGACUUUGGUAAAUUAUGUGGGAAUGAAGAACAGAAGAACGGCCUCUUGCUGGUGA